AUGCGUCACUGGAACAAACAGCCCCUCAGGCGAGAUCCAGCCACAGCAGUAGCAGGGAGUGUAGUGUCUCCACGCCCAGUGCGCGUCCAGACCGUCCUCCCCAGCAUGUUUGACGCAGGAGUGGGGAUCAUGCAGAGCUGGUUCUGUGCCUGCUUUGACAGCUCCUGGGUGUUGUACACCUGCAUCCUUCUGGUCCUGGUCAUCUGGGUGGCCAUGGCGACGCAGCACAGCUUCUCCUGGAGAAGCAGGAUGGCUCUUCUGGUCAGCAGGCUCCGGUGGAGGGGGACGGAGGACGAGGGAGAAGGUGCAAAGAAGCAGUGGGUGAAACAGCCGCGUGACCGGCUGUGCCGGGACCCCCCACACCGUGCUCGCCAAGCCGCCAGGCGCAGCUCCAUCCGCCAGUUGCUGUGUGACAACUCAGACUGUGCCCUGUGCAAUGAGGCGGCCUGGCAAGCCGAGCGGCUGGUAUAUGCCGACAGGGCCAGCGCGUGGGUCCCUGCCGGGCCAGGAUCACCUCCUGCUCCCGCAUCCUGCUCCAAAGGCAGCGUGGAGCUCAAUGUGAGGCACAAGCACAUCCAGUACCUCUGGGCUCUCCCCACCCUGUACGCGGAGUCCCUGGCCAAGAUGGUGCCCUGCCCGCCCGUGCCACCCACCCCCCUGCUGCCCCUGGGUGUGGCCAUCGAGUUCUGCCCCCUGGAGACCCCCUUCAUGGCCCCCGAGGGCCGGGAGCUGCUGGAGAGGCAUGUCCUGAAGAAGCGGCUGCAGCACGAAUGGGGCCUGCCGGGCCUGGUGCGGCGAUCGCUGAGGUGUUUCAUGCCACCCACGCGCCCCAGGCCCAAGGGGAGCGACCGGCCGGCAGCCAUGGAGCUCCGUGUCAGCAGCAGGGCCCCUCCCAUCCCUCUGGCCACCAAGAGGGAGCUGGAAGCCCAAAUCCGGCGGAGGGUGGCCGAGAGGAGGUGGGGGCUUCCCAGGAGGGUGCAGGAGUCCCUGUGGGGCUUCAUGCUCCCCACGACCGCAGCUCCGGGGACACAUCCAGACACUCAAGGCAGAAGGGCCAGCCGGCCGCUCAGGGGGCUAUCAGCGAGAAGGGCUCCAAGAGAAUCACCCUCCAGGGCGGCACCCGUGGGCCCCACAGCGGUGGCUGUCUCCUUAGCCAGGCCCCUGGGAACUGCAUGGCGCCAGCAGCUCAGCCGGGACACGUGCCACCAGCUGCUGGAGAGACAUGUGACCAGGAAAAACAUAGAGAUCCGUCUGGGCCUGAUCCCCCGCAGGGCCCAACAGUCACAGGAAGCCGCCCGCCGGGUGGGAAAGCUCCCCUUGCCCCGGCUGAUUCGGCCGGGCCAGAGAUCCCUGGAGCUGCGGCCCCGGGAGCUGCUCUUCCUGGAGCAGGCGGCCUCGGAUCACCUGGAGCUCAACCUUCUCCACAAGCACCUGAGCUUCAGGUGGGGGCUGCCCACGCUCUACCGACAGUCCCUGGCCAAGCUGUUCCACGCAGGCCCCUCGCCCGCCCCGCCGCCCUCCAGCUCCCGCACAGCUGGGGCCGAGUUCACGGAGCAGGAGCUGACCUUCCUCCCACCGGGAGCCCGGGAGGAGCUGGAGCUGCACGUGAGGAAGAAGAGGCUGCAGCACGAGUGGGGGCUGCCUCUGAUCAUCCACAAAUCCAUGCGGGGCCUGAUGGCGGCUCCCCCCCGCCCCGGCCAGCCCAAGGCCCCUCCGCCAGCUGACGAGGACGUGGCCGUUCUCCAGCCCGAGCUGUUCUUCCUCAGAGAGGGCAGCAGACGAGAGCUGGAGCUCAGCCUCCGCAAGAGACUCAUGCACCGGCGCUGGGGGCUGCCCAGGAGGAUCCAGGAGUCGGUGCGGCUGCUCCAGCCUGCCUCAGCCCCUGCGGAGUUCAGGCCUCGCAGCCGUACAGAAAAGGAUGCAGAAGGGCCUUUCCUGCUGCCCUGGCACAAGAGCACCGUGCACCUGGAGCGGGGCAUGGGGAAAGCCAGGAGAGCGGUCGCUGCUCCCCACCAGCGGCUCAGCCUGGGACGUGACGCUCAGGAGCGGCUGCAGAUCCAUGUGGCAAAGAAAUGUGUGGAGAUCCGGCUGGGGGCCGUCCCCACUGCAGUGAGACGCUCUUGGCAAAGGCUGCAUCUCGUAUCCCGGCUGCCCCUCCCCAAGCUGAUCCCUGCUGGGGACAGGCCCCCGAAAGCCAGGAACCCCCUGCUGCCCUUCGUGCACCCGGUGGGCGUCUGCCACCUAGAGCUGAAUGUGCAGCACAAACAUCUCACGGCCCUGUGGGGCCUGGGCACUCUCUACACCCAGUCCCUCAGCAGGAUGGUCCCCAGGGCACCCCCUGGGCCGGUUCCACCCCGUGAGGCUGAAGUCGAGUUCUGGGCGCGGGAGGCUCUGUUCCUGGGCCCGGAGGCCAGAGAGGCCCUGGAGCUGCACGUAAGGAAGAAGAGGCUGCAGCACGAGUGGGGGCUGCCUCUCAUAGUCCAGAAAGCCAUGCGGAGCCUGAUGGCGGCUGCCCCCCACCCUGGCCAGCCCAAGGCCCCUCCGCCAGCCGACGGGGACGUGGCCGUUCUCCAGCCCGAGCUGUUCUUCCUCAGAGAGGGCAGCAGACGAGAGCUGGAGCUCAGCCUCCGCAAGAGACUCAUGCACCGGCGCUGGGGGCUUCCCAGGAGGAUCCAGGAGUCGGUGCGGCUGCUCCAGCCUGCCUCAGCCCCUGCGGAGUUCAGGCCUCGCAGCCGUACAGAAAAGGAUACAGAAGGGCCUUUCCUGCUGCCCUGGCACAAGAGCACCGUGCACCUGGAGCGGGGCGUGGGGAAAGCCAGGAGAGUGGUUGCUGCUCCCCACCCACGGCUCAGCCUGGGACGUGACGCUCAGGAGCGGCUGCAGAUCCACGUGGCAAAGAAAUGUGUGGAGAUGCGGCUGGGGGCCGUCCCCGCUGCAGUGAGACGCUCUUGGCAAAGGCUGCAUCUCGUGUCCCGGCUGCCCCUCCCCAAGCUGAUCCCUGCUGGGGACAGGGCCCCGAAAGCCAGGAACCCCCUGCUGCCCUUCGUGCACCCGGUGGGCGUCUGCCACCUAGAGCUGAAUGUGCAGCACAAACAUCUCACGGCCCUGUGGGGCCUGGGCACUCUCUACACCCAGUCCCUCAGCAGGAUGGUCCCCAGGGCACCCCCUGGGCCGGUUCCACCCCGUGAGGCUGAAGUCGAGUUCUGGGCACGGGAGGCUCUGUUCCUGGGCCCAGAGGCCAGAGAGGCCCUCGAGCUGCACGUCAGGAAGAAGAGGCUGCAGCACGAAUGGGGCUUCCCUGCACUCAUCGAACGGUCGCUCAGAGCCUUUGUGCCGGAGCCCCCGCUGCCGGGGCCGACCGCAGCCCGCCAACGCGCCGAGCUGCACGUCCUCAUCCUGGGGCAGGAGACUUCGCUCAUGGACGGGGACACGAGAGGCCACCUGGAGCGUCACCUCCGGAAGAUGACGCUGCAGCGGAGGUGGGGCCUUCCCCGGAGGAUCCAGGAGUCCUUGCGGCUGUUUGCUGCUACUGCCCUGCCGGCUGGCCCGCAGCUUCCUGGGGCCGGUGGAGAAAGGGGCGUCGGGCAAAGCCGGCUGAGGCCCAGCCAGCCAGACGUCCCCGCAGGCAGCCGCUUGGCAGGAGACAGCAGAACCCAUGGCCUUGCUGCCGAGCGGAGGGACAAGCUCCAGCGGCACCUCGCGAGGAAGUGCCUAGAGAUCAGGCUGGGGGUGAGGCCGGCCCUGGUGAAGAGAUCCCAGAGAGUGGCCAGGGACGGGGAGAGGAUCCGCCUCCCCAGGCUGAUCUGUGCAGGCCAGAAGCCCCCCAAACCCAGGGGCGGCUCCCUGCUCUGCCUGCCGCCCACGGCUGUGAAUACACUGGACAUGAACGUGAGACACAAGCAGCUGGUGCAUUUCUGGGGGCUGCCCACGCUGCAGGCGGCGUCUCUGCAGAGGAUGAUGCCGAAGGCUCCAGCUGUGCCGCUGGGGCGUGCAGCAGGGAGGGCCCGGAUUCAGAUGGGCCUGGCUGGACGCAUUGGGGCUGAGGAGCCGGAGAGGAACGGUUACAAGGAGCCGCCUCUGGUCACGGGGCCGCCUCUGAUCACAGCCGAGGCCAGGGACCAUCUGGAGAGCCACAUCCUGAGAAAGAAGCUCCAGCACGAGUGGGGCUUACCGCGGGUGGUGCUGAGAUCCCUGGGCGCGUUCACACCCUCACCGCCUGGGAGGGGACCCCCGAGGCAGGCCCAGGCCCCAGCCAGCGAGAGCGUCACCACGGGCAGCCUGCUCUUCCUGCACACGGAAACCAGGGAGCACCUGGAGUCACACGUCAGGAAACUGGCCCUGGAGCGGAGAUGGGGCCUGCCCAAGAGGAUCCUGGAGUCCCUACAGAUGUUCCUGCCGCCUGCCCAACCAGGAGCAGAGCCCAGAGGCCAAACCCAGCCCCUGCUCCAAGUCUCCCCUACACCCCCCCAAGGUCCUACAGCCCUCUGCAUGGGUCAAUUGGAAGAGCUCCAGCCAGGCCCCGGGGAGCCCCUCACCCACCGGUCCCAGCACUGGCUUGAAAUGGGGGUAAAGGAGGGCAAAGCCAGCUGCUCUGAGGCAGUGUCCCAACACACCCUGGGGAGCAGCAGCAGGAGAAGCCAGGAGACCUCCAAGAUGAGCAAUAAGGAAGGGCCCCCCAGCCUCAUCACUCCCAGCCUGUAACCAGAGACAAUGCGGGAGACAAAGUUUCGUCCGCAGCCUCCAAUGAGCUUGUGGGCCCCCUGUCCAGCAGCCGGGGGCCAGCCAGCCCCUCGGAGCAGCGCCCGCGGUCUGCAGAGGGGCUGUCCCAGUUCAGCACUGAGGGCGAGUGGGAGAUGGUCGGGGACUGGGACAGCGAAGCCGUGGCAGCCUGGGAUGCGGAACGAGAAGGCAGCCUGGGGUGGAAGAAGAGGAGGGACACCAAGGGGCAACGCGGCAUGAGAGAGAUGCCAGCGGAGGGGACAGGCCCCAGGGCUGGAACCAACAUGAGGCAGACAGACGCCCUGGUGCUGACUGAGGCACCGCCCGGGGCUGAACAGCCGCCCCGUGCACCUCCAGGGAGAGGGGCCGAGUCACCGUCCGUCCCCUGCAAGGGGAAGGGCUCCACCUUCAGGGGAAUCAUGCUGGGCUUCCUCAAACGCGUCACCUCCAGGGCAUCGGUGGAGAAGAGAGGGCAGGUCGACAGGUCAAUGGCUGCACCACACGGAGCCCCACCGCCCCCUCAGAAACUCGCCCCAUCCCCCAAGAGCGUGACCUUCAACGCCAACGUCCACGUGCGGGCAGAGGUCAGGAGAUGCCAGCUGUGUUCCAGCGCGGAGGAGAUGGACGGUGCUGGGAGAAAGGAGCCAGCCGCAGCCGCUCGGACCAGGGGGCUGCCAGGGAAUGGGGCUCCCCAGGAAUCUGGGGCAGCCUCCCCCGAUGCCAGGCGAGGAGACAGUGUGACCAGGGGAGAAGAACCUUCUCCAGAGGAAACAGGGCCCUCAGCAGAGUAUGGUGGAUACCAAGAGCGGGUGACCCUGAGAGUGAGCGAAUGCAGAGAGGGGCAGGUGCAUGACCCCAGUGGGACGCCAGCUGUGCCAGCAGGACCUUCCGCCCAGUGGCCACCACCCCCAGCCUGCCCCGCUGCCAGGGACGCCAGAACAACCGGCAGUCACAACGGAGAAGGAGGAAAAGGAGUCUCACAGUCUGGCUCAGCAGCCCGGGGCUCCAACCAGCCGUCUCCCAGGGAGUCCUCCAGAACAAAGCUCAGAGAGCAGAGGGGUCGGGGACUCAGCCCUUCUCGCCCACGGGGUCUCUCCAAGAGCCAGGUGGAAGGCCCGCGGUGCAGCGGCAGGGCCAGAGGACCAGACAGCGAGGGGAUCCUGGCCCGCAGCAGAGAGUGGAGAUCCAGCAGCAGAGGGAGGCCCACCGGCAGAAGAACAAGGUCCAGAAGCAGAGAAGGGGAAUCCCUGGUGGGAGAGGAAGUCCAGGAUCGGCAGGGCACAUGCAGGAGGCCAGGCAAGGCCAGGUCACACAGGGUGGCCACACCAGCCAAUGGCGUGGGAGGAAAUGCCACCGAGGACACAUCUGGGACACUCGGAGUGUCUAAUCUGGAGCGCUGUGGGCACCGGGCCAGGCUGGAAACUGAGCUUCCGCAGCCAGGGUCACGUCCUGGCAAGAGUGCAGGCCAAGUGUGCUGGUUCCACCAGCAUGGUGCUCACGCCCACCUUCGCCACGUACACGACAGAACGCCAGCGCUGCGCGGAGAGAACCUGUGUGCCCUGCGGGAGAGGAUGCAGGCCCGGCGGAGGAAGCUGUCCCCGUCACUCAACAGCGCCGCCUCCGAAGAGGAGAGCCGCCUCCGGGCCUUGGACGAAAGUUAGGGUUGGGGCUUGCAGGUGGCUAAUAAAGCUCAAUUUUGUGUGCAA